AUGACCCGGGAUGCUCGGGAUGGGGCUCCCCGCCCCAAACGACGUGCUGGGGGCCGGGAUGCGGCCAUUCCCCCGGAGGCGCGCCGUCCCUCACCGGAGGGUUCCCGGCGGGAGGCUGAGCUCCGCGACGGCCUCCUUCGCAGCAAGGGGUCGGCCGAGGCCGACACCGCCGAUUGGCGUUCCUCGCGGGGCCGCGACCACUCUCCCGAGGCGUGGCGCUGUCGAGGUCGGGACCGGCGGCCUUCGCCCCGCUGCUCUCGUUCCCCACCGCGGUCCGAGCGUGCGCCGGCCUCCCCCCCCCCCCCCCCGCGGCGCUAUGACCCUCCCCGUCGCCAAGCCCAAUUCCCCCCGUCCGGUCCUAACAACAACAACAAUCGCAACGGACAGGGGGCGUUCGCCAAGAAGAAGAAGAAGAGGGGUGCCCAACCCCAACCGGGUGGUCCGGCCUCUUCGGUCACUAACCCGACGGUGGUGGUGGCGCCCCCCUCGACCGCGGCCGCGGUCACCUGCUUCAACUGUGGGGUGGCCGGGCAUUGUCAGGUGGACUGCCCCAAGCCUCCGGCUUGCUACCUCUCCAAGAAGACGGUUCACCCCGCCGCCCUCUGCCCGGUGCACCAGCCUCGUGGGACCCUUGGGUUGUUUGGCUAUGCGUUGGAUGACCUGGGCUUCUUCCAGAUGGACCUCCCUGAGGCCCGGGCCACCCCGCCCAUGACCGCUCUCAUCUCGGUCUUGGAUGGCCGGACGGCUUCACUGGCCAUCAUCUAUGAGGAGCUUUGCCACCUGUUUAACCCGGAUUGGGAUUGGGAGGUGACCCCGAUCUCGGACCGGGAGUUCACCACGAUCUCCCCCGACCCGGUCAGCCUCCGCUACGGCACCCACCGCGCCAGACUCACGCUCGCCCUCAACCAGCUCUCAGUCCGCAUCUCGGUCCCGUCGGUGGACCCGCUUGCGGUGGCCACCUUGUCCACGGUGUGGGUGCAGAUCCGUGGGCUUCCCCCACCUGCUAGGGACGAGGGGGUCCUCCGUGGCUUGUCCCGUCUGUUGGGCACGUAUGUGGCUGUCGACAGCGCCUCUCUGCCCAAGGGCCCUGCUGUUCGGAUUCUGAUCAAGUCCCCCGACCCCUCCAAGCUCAAGACGACGAUCCGGAUGUUCUUCAACGACGUUGGUUAUGACCUGCGCAUCUUGGUUGAGGGUGGGACUCCCACUGAUCCCCUCAGCCCGGAUGAUGGGGGUGGCGCCAACCCCGAGCCAGGGCCGGACAGGGGGGCUGACACUCAGGGUUCCCCCCGUCGCCCUCGCAACCGCUCACCCCACUCUGAGGCCUCCGACGAUGACUCGACAGACCCUGGGGACGAUCUUCCUCCAGUCGGCUCCUUCCACCCCUCGUCUACUCACUGCUCGGGGUUGGGCUCCCGCGAUGCCUGCCCCGGGGACGAGUCUGAGGACAUUGAGACUAUUGCUGCCAUGCUCGACGAGGCCGCCACCCUCCCACCUGGCGCCACCCUCCCCCCUCCCUUCCUCCCUGUGUUACCGUCCUUGUCUAAGGAUGAGGGGAGCGGUGUCAGCCGGGGUAGCAUGGAGGUCCGCCCCCGUCCUCCCCACGGCUUGUGUCUCCAGUGCCGGUCCGGGAGGACCCCUCGGCGCCGACCCUUCUGGAGUCCGAUCCCGUGGCUCCCCCUUCUCCCACGUCCUCCAGGCCUCCAAAGUCCCGGGGCCGCCACCGCUCGGCCUCUACUCCGGUCUCGUCUGCCCAAAACAGUGCCCGGCUCGGGGCGGCUCCGCGGCUGACCGGGGCCUCGCCGGCCGCGGUGGAGAAGGCCUCCCGACGCGCCGCCAUCCGCAACCUCGACACAGCUCUGGAGACCGCUUAGCAAGCGGCGCGACCGAGACGUCAUCGACAACAUCAUUGUGGGUUUUCGUUCCUCGGCAUCGGCUUUUACUCUAGCACCUCCACCACCGCCACCGCCCCCCGAGCUGGAUUAGCUUUUCUUUUUUAGCUUUCUUUGGGGCUUGUCCUGCUGUGCCCCCAGCGUGACUCUAUGACUUGAUUGUACUUUGUACCGAUGUGUUGGAUGCUUGGUUCGUUGCUUUAUAAUAUAAA